AUGAAUUACCCUGAAUCAGGUAAACCCCGUCCAUAUCUCUCUCUCUCUCUCUCUCUCAUCCCACCUCCUACCGUCACAUCGCCUCCAAAGACGACCCUCGCUCAUGUUCUUCCUCAGCGUCAUUAUCUUUUGUCGCCGUUGAUCUGGCAAUUGGAAUCGAUUCCUCGCAUGGAUCUUAUGAGUAUCAUCAGGAAACGCUUGAUAAUCUCCAAACUGCCAUGGAUAACAUCGAUAUUCUCUGUGCAGUUAUGCUCGAUACCAAAAGGAGCUGUUCAAAGAGAUGGGGAUUAUCAUCGAGCUGUUCAUGUGUGGUUUUUUGCUGAAAGUACACAAGAACUUCUUCUACAACGACGAGCUGAUUGCAAGGAUUCAUGGCCUGGAUUAUGGGAUAUCUCUAGUGCUGGUCAUAUAUCUGUUGGGGAUUCAUCCCUUAUCACUGUUAGGAGAGAGCUUCAAGAAGAGCUUGGUCUGACACUCCCAAAUGAUGCCUUUGAAUUACUUUUUGUUUUCCUGCAACAGAGUGUCACAAAUAAUGGUAAUUUCAUUAAUAAUGAAUUCGAUGAUGUUGAUCUCGUUACAACAGUAUCCCCAAUUCCCUUGGAGGCUUUUACUCUUCCGGAAUCUGAAGUUUCUGUUGUUAAGUAUAUCUCCAUUGAGGAGUAUAAGCAGGCCCUUGCUAAAGAAGAUCCUAAGUAUGUUCCCUACAGUCUAGAGGGGCAAUAUGGUCAACUUUUUGACAUAAUUAUGAAAAGGUACCAUUGCAAUGUGGAAGCACCGAGUUUGGAUCUUCAAAAGAAGAUCAAUCGUUAUGCUCCUAUGUCACUUACUGCAGAGUUGACCGGUUUGACCAAGGAGGACAAGGAAGCAUUAGUGUUACUCAUUCAUGCUGCAAGAAUGAUGGAUGAUAUUUUCCACCAGCAGGUUUUGUUCAGCAAUCCAUCUCUAAGAGAUUGGUUAAAGGGGAAUGCUCAUAAGUCUCAUUUUGACAAAUUGAAAUGGAGUUAUUAUUCAGUAAACAAAAGCCCAUGGUCUUGCCUUGAUGAAAAUGAAGCAUUUUUGACGACUGCAGACUCUGCAAUUAGAUUACUUCCGGAAUCAACAAAGUCGAUUCCAGGUUGGAAUGGAAUUGAAUACAAGGCUGCCUUUUCCAUGAAGAAACCAUCUGGUGCAAAUUUCUACCCCUCAUACAUGGAUAAAAUGGUGACCAUGCUGCAAGGAUAUUUAACCCUGGAGCUGUAA